GCCCAGCCGGCCGGAGGACGAAGCUUAGCCCCGGAGCCGGCGGCGCGUCCGUGCGACUAUGGACCCUGUGCCGCCAGGUGUGCUGGAAAUGUUUAAAUGCCAACUUCUGAAGACGCUAUCUAGAUGUUCUCCUGGAUUAAGCGCCUAAUUAGGAUGGUCCUUGAACGAGGUGGAUUAAUCAUGGACUCAGUACCUUGGUCAGGAAAGUCAUACGGCUCAUCACGAAGUAUUGUAAGGAAAAUCGGUACUAAUUUAUCUCUCAUCCAGUGUCCAAGGGUUCACUUUCAGCUUACCUCUCACUCUACGGAGUGCAGUCCAAACCACCCCAGGGAGGAUGCCGUGGCUUCUUUUGCUGACGUAGGAUGGGUUGCCAGAGAAGAAGGAGAAGUCUCCACAAGACUCAGAACAGAGGUCUCGUCCCAAGAGACCCCUUCCUCUAGCCCCCAGAACCUGCCGUCCUCUGGGCAGCCUCCGAGUAGGCAAUCAUCCCUUCCCAACCUGCCCCGGGCAGAACUCGAGCCCAAGACACCCGCUGCACUAGCCAACGAUGAAGCCCUGCAGAAGAUCAGCGCUCUGGAAAAUGAACUCGCUACGCUCCGAGCUCAGAUUGCCAAAAUCGUCACACUGCAAGAACAGCAGAGCCUUGGUGCAGGAAGCUUCAGUGCACCUGGGCCUGGACCCCCACCUCCACCCCCUCCUCCUCCUCCUCCUCCUCCUCUCCCCCUCCCCGGGCUGAGCCGGAGCACGUCUGCCAUCGACCUGAUCAGAGAGCGUCGAGAGAAGAAAGGCAGCCCGAGGCCCAGCCCCACUGAGAACACCCCAAAGAAGCCAGACGUGCCAAGUAUGCUGGAAAUCCUCAAAGACAUGAACAGCGUCAAGCUCCGGGCGGUCAAGAGGUCGGAGCAAGACAUAAAGCCCAAGCCCGCUGACCCCGCCGACCCCGCCACCUUAAUCGCAGAGGCCCUGAGAAAGAAAUUUGCCUAUCGCUAUCGAAGCGAUAGCCAAAGUGAAACAGAAAAACUCUGUCCGAAGGCUGAAGCGACGACAGCAUCAGAAACAGUAUUGUUCGGGCCACACAUGCUAAAGUCUACAGGAAAAAUGAAGGCUUUAAUCGAAGAUGUCUCCCAUUCUUAAGCGGAUCGUCGCUGGAGGAAAAAAGACUGUUCAGAUAUUGGCUGGUCGGAGCCGAGAACGGCUGGUAGAUCAACAACACUAUUUAGGAAAUACUUGACUUUAGAUUUCCGGGUUCUCGUACAAAGCUAAGUAGAGAAUUAAACAAAGGCAAAAGCACUAAACAAAUGGUUUUUGUUUUAAAAAUAGAGAUCACUGCAGAGCCACGAUGCAGUGGUUGCGGUUGCAGCGCUCUGCUCUACUGGGCUAGAUUUGGGGGGCCUUAAAAAGAAUUCUGCUGCUGGUGCUGUGAGGCUUUUAAUGGCCAAACACUACUAUCUGUACCUGUCUGACUUGAACAGUUUGUUGUAGAGACAGCAAUGAAGUACUACUGUUGUCUUCAUUCUUUCUAAGAGAACAACCGGCAAACUCGUUGCGGCAAAACAUUGAACAAAAGCUUCUAACGUCACAGUAUAGAAGAAUUACACUUAUCCCACACUCGGCGAAAGACAGUGGGUUCAAAGGGGCUGGCCAGAAGGCACUUUAUGGCUGAACCGGGCUUCUUUGGAGCUGACCUUUAAUGUGGUUCUUUCACCUCAGCACCUUCUGGGCAGAGAUGGGGAAAGGGUAAUAAUGAAUUUCAUAUUUCUUCAUUUCAAAGGGCCUGUGUGUGUGUAUUGUGCGCCACAGACUGUCUCCACAGGGGAAAAACCAAUUAGCAGCUCGACAUGGAAUUCAUUCCUGUUUGGGUUGGGGCUGGGUUGCUUUUGAAAUCAACCUCCACAGCCCAGUAGAUUCAGCUUCAGGCCCAAAUAGCUGAUGGUUCGAGCCGGCCAACCACGUAUAUGGGGGUUUGUGCUCUGAGCUUGUCAUUCUUAUCUCCAGGAGAAGACUCUGCACUUUGGAAAAACCAAUUCGUUUUAAGUUAUUGAUAAUGUAUACAUUGAACUAAUUUAUGGAUAUAAUGAUACAGAAGGACUUUGGAGUAGGGCUUAUUUUUACAAGAGUGUCUAUUUUCUUACUCCAUUGAAAACCAUACCUUUCUAUUCUCCCAGACUUAGCCCUUUAACCAUCAAAAACAUUUUGAACCGAAAAAUUUUGUAUUUGUACUGGGUGUGAAUUUAGGGCUAUAACUGCUUCCUACCAUAAAGACAAAAAGGAUGUUUUAAAAUAAAGCAAACUUAUUUUGGGGGC